AGCAGCGAGUCAAGAUGAGAGUUCAGGAGCAGGCGUGCUACAUCAUUCGUGUGCGUGAGGAUAGAUGCAACCUGCCAGCGAAAGUGGAUAUGUCAUCAAAACAUCUGUUUUUUGAUGUAAAAAUGGAGCCACAAAGUGGUGACAGGAACACUGGAAUCCAAAUCAAUGGAUUGGACUUUCAGAGGCUGAACGUGCCGACCACUACUGCAAUGACCAACGCUCACGCACAAGCCCUCCUCCAACAGUCAAAGUCAGAAGACUCAAGCGCUCUUCCCACAUCCGUCCAGCAGAGCGUGUUGCCUCAAACCCAGCUAAUGUUGGCCGGGGGACAGCUUGCAGGACUGACUCUGACCCCAGCACAGCAGCAGCUGUUGCUCCACCAGGCCCAGGCUCAGCUCCUGGCUGCUGCUGUGCAGCAUUCAGCCAACCAGCAGAACGGCACCACUGGGGCCAGUAUCUCAGCAUCCGCAGCCACGCCCAUCACCCAGCUACCCCUCUCACAACCCAUCCAGAUCUCUCCUCAGCUGCAGCAGCAGAAUUUAAGUCUGCCCCAGUUUGUUCUAGUGCAGCCCGGCCACCCGAUCGGCACGCCGCUGCAGCCGGCUCAGUUCAUCAUCUCGCAGACGCCGCAGCAGAGCAUAUUGCAAGCCCAGAGUCUUCUAACUCAACUACCUCAGAGCCAAGCCAACCCACUGACGACUCACACAAGUAUAUCCCUUGCGACACAGCCUGCGACUCCAACCCGCACCACAGCGACCACGCCCCUUCAGUCACUUCCCCACAGUCAGACGCCACCCAAACGCUUGGAUACGCCCGUUUUGGAGGAGCCGAGUGAUCUGGAGGAACUCGAACAGUUUGCAAAGACCUUCAAACAGAGGCGGAUCAAAUUGGGCUUUACACAGGGAGAUGUUGGCCUGGCCAUGGGUAAGCUGUAUGGAAAUGACUUCAGCCAAACUACUAUCUCCCGCUUCGAGGCCUUGAAUCUGAGCUUUAAGAACAUGUGCAAACUCAAGCCGUUGCUGGAGAAGUGGCUCAACGAUGCAGUUUGUGCAGACAACCUGACUUCUGACCAGGCGCUGUCCAGCCCCCUCGGCUCUUCAAACAUAACCAUCGAGGGGAUCAACCGCAGACGAAAGAAGAGGACCAGUAUUGAGACAAACAUCCGUGUGGCCUUAGAAAAGAGCUUUCUGGAGCAGAACCAAAAACCUACCUCUGAAGAGAUCACCAUGAUCGCCGACCAGCUCAACAUGGAGAAGGAGGUAAUUCGGGUCUGGUUCUGCAAUCGCCGGCAGAAAGAGAAGAGAAUCAACCCGCCGAGCGCUGGCAGCAUCGGCGGGGGUGUCACCCCCAUCAAAACUAUCUUUUCACCCAGUAGCACAUUGGUGGCCAGCACGGCUAUAAACACGCCCACCACGUUGACUGUCAACUCAAUAAUGCCUCUUACCAGCACCAGCGUCUCCGGUUUAACCUUCACAGGCGCAACAAUUGGGGCCACGAACACUGCAUCCGUCAUCUCCACCACACCCGUAAUUUCCACGGUAACCAGCUCUCCGUCUCUAAGCCCGUCCCUCACGACCAGUCAGUCCACCAUCGCAGCGAUGAAUAGAAUCGGUGCGCAGGCCAUCGUCACCCAGGCACCGACAUCCAUAGGCACCGCCACCCUCGGGUCGGGCCAGGUGAUGGUGGCCGGUCCGGGGCUGUCGGCAGCGCUUCAGGGGGUCACCCAAUUGCCCACAAGCGCGAGCUUCGCCGCCAUGGCCGCCGCGGCUGGGCUAGGCCCCGGACUGAUGGCCUCCUCCCAGUUCACUCCAGGUGGUGCCCUGCUGAGUCUGGCUCCCGGUAGCCUCGGCAGCGCUCUGAGUCCUGCCCUCAUGAGCAACAGCACCUUGGCUACUAUCCAAGCCCUGGCAUCGAGCGGCACCAUCCCGUUAACGUCUCUGGACGGAAGCAACCUGCUGUUUGCCAACACCUCUGCCGGCAAUGGACACAACCUGGUGACCACGCCGCUCUUUCUCAACCCCCAGAACCUGUCGCUGCUCACCAGCAACCCGGUCAGCCUGGUAUCAGCCGGGGGGGGCGGUCUGCAGGUCACCGCCGACUCUCACCACCAAGCCGCCACGACCAUUGCCACUGCCUCCAAGGCGCAGUGAGUCCCUAACUGCAUCCCGAAAGAACGCCCUGUUUUCUUUAGUCGCGGCGCACUGUUUUCCUCAUGCCGCGCAGGAAAUAGGGAGGCGGUUUGAUUUGGGCUCUGCGCUUCACUAACGAAAACACACAUCCGCUCCAUUGUAACUACUACUAUUUGGUCCCCUUGCUUUUACCAAAAAACAACCUCACCAGGUUGGGCUUUUUGAUUUUGGUUCUCUUUGUGAUAUUUGGACAUUUUUCCUCCUAUCUCAAGCAGUAGCCAGGAAGAAAAUGUCCCCCCUAUUCAUUUUGUAUAUAUGUCCUAUUUCACUCUUUUUCUAACCAAAAAUGUUGGAUUUUACUCUAAACUUACUAACUUCACAAUACACGUCAUCACUAAUCCCCUUUACUUAUAUUUUUGUUGGACAGGCCUUGACAUAUAUAUCAAAAAUGUUUUUUGUUUUUUUAAUCUUUCCUGUAAUUUUUUUACAUUUUCCGAAUUGUAAGUCUAAUACUACAGUAAAUUAACUUUUUUUUGUGGUUGUAACGCUUUAAAAACAAGUAAUAAGUGGCCGAUAUAAAGGUUAUCAUUGCUUUAAGGAGACCAGUCGGGUCUCUACGAGUUUCUCUUUCUGGAAACACUGACUUUUACACUUUGCCUCGGGGGCUUCUGUAAAAAAAAAAAAAAAAAAAAAAAAAAAAAUGGUGCAGAUUGUAGACACUGAUAGAAAAUGACUGAAAACUUUAAGAGCUUUAAAAACGUGGAGUGGUGUGUUUGUUUCGUAUGUAAAAGCUCAGUAUGAAGCUGAGACCUAAGUAACCAAAUUAUCCAGACUCAGUGGUCUGGGCUAAGACCACCCGUCAGGGGGUGUGGUCACCACACUAAAUGUUGGCUAAAUGUUUGUUUUCUUCCUUCUGUUUCUUUGUAAUGGUAGUACCGUCGUAUCUACUUGUGCACAGUAUCUGUACCAAAAAACUGGAUUGGUGAGCUGUUGUGGGAGGAAUUACCUUUUUGUUUUCUUUCAUUGUGUCUGCAGCCACUUGAGUGACUGUGUACUUCACAUUAUACCAAAAAUAUUUGUCGGUGUAACUUAGUCUAGUUGAUAUAUUUAUGAACAGAAGCUCUCUUCAUUGUCAGCGGAAGAUAGAAAUGCAAUAUUUAGAUUUAUUUCCAAAGACCUUUUUUUUUUUUUUAUAAAGUCUUUCACGGUUAAUUUACGGUAAUUGGCAGCACAAUUGACCAAAAAUAGGGAAUGGCUGAGUUUUUUUGUUUUACUUAUCAAACACUUUUUAAUUUUUGGAGCCAUUUGAUGGCGUUGAACCAUUUAAGUAGCAGCUUUUGGACGUCAGUAAAGCAGGAAAAACACCCUCUUUUUUUUAUUUGGGUUUUAGUACUUUCAGCCAUAUGACAACAGCUUGAACCAAAGUGGUUUUCCUCAGUAGCGGCCCGUGCCUGUCCCAGCACUCAUGUUGCUGAUCACAUGAUCUCUUCACGCUGCUUACUAAUGUCAGUACCUGCUAUUCUUGAUCAGGUGCGGUUGGGGAUGGGAUGGGUGAAUGAAAUGCUAGCAUGUUAAGAGGCCUCCGCCAUGCUUUACUAAUAGCUUUAUUAGCACGUCCUGCCAAGAGCGGGUUUUGUGGUUCGACUGGAAGGAUCUGCUGUCAACACCAGGAGUGGGCAUUGUAGUUACCGUAACCUCAGACUAGAUUCACCCAUGCCUUUUAGCGGGAUAUUUCGGCAAUUGUGCUUUUUAUAUAGCAAGUUUUUUAUAUAUUGCAGUCGAAUAACUGACAUCGGCAUCUAAAAUACUAGACGGACAACAACAUUGCGUAAUACCCUUUCUGUUCCAGCUCUGGUACUGCCUCCAAAGCUGAAGAAUUUCCACGUCAACUUUAUGUCUGACCUUGCCUCAAUUUAAUUUCCAUUCGUUUAUGUGGAAUUGGUUAAUCGUGCCAUGAGGCGAUUUUGUUAAAACGGAGUGCAACCUGCAGAGGCGCUGUUGAUUUAGUCUCAACUGUCUAAAGAAAAUAAUAUAUGAAAGUUGAACUUUAUCUGUCGUCUUUGGCACCAUUUUCCGGCAUUCAGAACAUCCCAAGAGGUUCUCCCAUCCCAUUAAUUGAUGAUUGACCAUCAAAUGCCCACCCCUAGUCUACACACAGAUCCUGUCUGAUCAUCGUUACUGUUCAGAACCAGCAUGUUAGAUUUGCUGCGCCCCAAAUGUUUUCCAAAGACGCUCCGGCCUCGUUUCUAGGACUCACCGGGCUGAGUACUGUUAUGUGCCACACAUUCAGCCAAACUCCACACAAUGGCGUCGUCGUUCUGCUGCUCCUUCUUUUAACUAACAAAUCAUUAGGAAAUCACUGGGGCAGCCAGAGAUCCUCUUGCGUACCUACUUCUUUUUCUCUUUCUAAUUGUGACUGAAUAUACCUCAGCAGCACUUAAAACAUAAGGUUCACCUUUUUUUUUCUUUUUUUUCCUCGACAUUUCUGUGUACAGAACAGUGUGGAAUGUAUAAUAAGUAAUGUCAUUUAUACCGCGAUAUAGGACCCGAACAUAAAAGGACAACUACUGCUAUUUCGAGUACUACUAUUUAAUUUUUGUCUUCUGAGGUGUUGUUUUUUUUGAGAUCCUUUUUGCCAAAGUAAUAGCCUUUCUCUUUGCAGCUCUGCCUGCCGUAUGGUCAACGCACCAAUGGAACCCAGUUCUGUUUGGGCGCCGUUUUUUGUAGUUACACAAGCGCGCUCGCCAUGGGGCACCAUAAGAUGUUACUAAAAUAUUUAUCUUGAGGAAAGACCUAAGAAUCAGAACAGUUCUUUUCCUAAUUCUAUACAUAUAAAUAUAUAUAUAUAUAUAUAAACAUGUGUAAGAUAUCCAUAUUUUAUAUUUGAACCGGUAUGUCAAAACUGAAUGUAGUGUUUAUGACUCAAAAAAAUCUCCCAAAAAUGCAUUUUUUUUUCUAUUGUUGCAAAAAACCUUUUUUAUUUUAAACUCUUAAGACCAAAAAUUGAAAAACAACAUGACUCUCUAUACUGUGGCGGGUGCCCCGGUCUAUGAUAACAUGUGUCUAUCUAACAGGAGGGGGUGCUCCUGAUGCACAGGUCCUCUGGUUGGGGUAAAGCGGAGACUCUGAAGUAUCUUUAUUUUGUAAUAUUGUGCUUUUUGUUUUUAAAAACUAUAUCGUAAUAUUUUUGGUUGAGUCAUUUUGGACUUGAUUUGCUGUGAUGUCUUUAACAAUCAUUGUUUUUUUGGGGUUUUAUUGUUCUUACUUUAUGCCUUUAACUGUUUUGUAUAUUAUGAGAGGGCAAGAUCACUGGCUUUCUUAGUUUGACAAAAACGUUAUCAUUUAUGCCUUAUUGUUACGUACACGACAUGGUUGCAUUGUAGCAUGAGUGUUUGUGCGUGUAUGUGUGCGUGUUUGACUGAGGCAAAUUUCACCUCACGCUUUGUGUCGCCUGGUGCAUUGUCACUGAAAACAAUACAGUGUACUUAUGGGCAUUUUUUAGGAGAUGGGGGGUGCCGGAUGCUUACAUUGCUACCUAUGUUUUUUUUGUUGUUUUUUUUUUAAGUGUGGCUCGGACAAUGCCUGUAAGCAAAGCUUUACUAGUAAUUCUAGCAGGUGUGUGUGUGAGUGAGCAUCGUAGGAAAUAGACACGAUCUGCAAACCGCUAAUGGGGCUUGAAGCAGGGGUGGGAAGCCUAGGGCGCCAAAAACUAAAAAGCCCCAAAACAUUUAACCCGAAUAUAAGACACGUAAAAGGAAUCUUUUCCUGAAUCAAUGUUUUUAACAGCUCGACAACGCUUUUAUAACUAGACUUUACUGAUCGUCAUUAUUUCCAAAUUAGCGUAUUUGUUUGCAAAUUGGAUUGUGUGAGCGACAGGUAGAAAAGCUUUAACUUGUAUAGGGGGAAGUUGAAGGUGCCCCGCUGUUACGUGUAUACAUCUGUAGAUUAUAAAUUGACCCAUCUUAUACAGGAUCAUUACAGUAUGUAAAAAUAGCUCCUAUUUUAAUCAUAUUGUAUUUUAACUAGUGCUGUGAAACUAUUAUUUUUUUAAACAGAUCAAACACACUUGUGAUUUUUGAUUAAAAUUGCAACUAAUUGCAUAGUUCCCAUUUGGUAACAGUUUUAUCUAGAAGUCCCGUCUGGGUUUUGAAGCAACAUUUUCAAGUCUGUCUCCUCACUCAUCUUUGCACUGGCAUAUGCAAUGAUCUGAUCACCGGCCUGUGUUUAUACAUGAUUAAUGCCAUGAUUAAUCACAUGAGUUAAUGCGUUAACUUUGACAGCCCUGAUUUGUACUUUAUAAAACAUUAAUAGGAAACAGGCUCCCCCACCCUUACCCUUUUAAGCAUACAGAUUGCAAGUUUUGAUUAGUUUCCCCAAAUUAUAUUCGUAAUCUCUUUAACCUCAUUUAGCGGUUGCAGACUGGCGCUAGUUUUUUGCUUCAAACACUUCAGUUUGAUCACAUGACGCACCUUUCCCGGUGGCUCGGUAAACCCACUCCACGCUUGUUUAUUUUAUUUUUUUUAGUUUGGACAAAGAGGAAAUGUGGCGCACCAGUAUACCUCAUUCCUAACUCGAAACUGAGUGAACCUGCUUUUAACCUACUUUUAAUAAGAUUUCUUGUUGACCGUCAGAAAAGCCCGCUUAUUUCACCAGUACUUGCCUAUGUUUUAUCACUUUCUUGAACACUUUUUGAGUUGGGGCGGGGUUUCCCAAACUUUGAAUGUACAUAAACUAAUAAACAAACACAAUUUUUUUUCAAGAAAUUGGACAAUGGCGAUCCCAUUUUUGGCCCUGACCCUAAGUUUGGAACCCCCUGCCAUUAUUUCACCAAAUGCCCACUGUCCUUCUAUACCUAACCUUUUUUAAGUUUGACAAUCCUAUUUAUUUUCUAGUGCACGCAUGACCCUGCAAUUUUAACACCCCACUCCCCACCGUGGUAACAACAUUAACCAAAGACUUGUAACUGAUUGUACAUGAGCCCGCCGCCCACCCUGCACCCCCAUCACGCUCACCACACUCACCACUUUCUCAGCUUUGGCCUGCAUGCGAAUGUUUUGGUGCUGCGGUUUUUCAGUGCCUGCGGGUGGGAGGACGUCGGGAAGGUGCAGGGAGGGGCUUCUUCGACGGGUUGGUGGUCGCCGGGUGAUUGUUUGUUAAUACACACUGAGGGUUGAUCCUGUGCACUCAGGACUCCAUGUCUGUCUGUCUGAGUGCUGUUGCUGGGAUACGCAUGCUUCUUCGCCGUCUCAAGGAAUUUGCCUCUCGCACACUCCCCACCUCCCUUCCAGGAAUGACACGCAUCCCGUACUCACUACAUUUUCACUGCUGUACCCUCCCCUUACUCACUACAGACUGAUCAACUGUGACACUAUGCAUCUCCCUCCCCCACCGACAAAAACUUGGCGGGGGAUCAUUCGGUGACACUUUGCUUUACUCCUCACAAAGCGCUAUCUAUCCCAAAGCAAAACUCUCCAAAUAUUUGUAUUUUUUUGUUAUGAUUGUUAUUGUUUUGGACAAAAUGCAGAUACCAAAGAUAUCCCUCUGUCUCUCUCUCUUCCUUCUUCCACCCUGCAGCAGCAUGUGUAUUAAGAGACAAGCACUGGCUUUUUUUUAAAUCCAAGCCUCAGUAAUUCCAAAGGUUAGAUGUAUAUUUUGGUAUAUUUCUGAGAAAAAUGUGUGGAAUAAUAAUAUUAAUAAUAGUCUGUUUGUUGUAUUUGUUUCUCUCUCUGUGUCGCAGCAUGGAACUAAUAGCAGAGCUGUCUUACUAGGUUAAAAUAUAUUUUUAUAUGUUUUUGGGUGUGUGCCCGCAAUAUCAGCCCAAUUGACCAAAGGAUUUAACAAAAAAGAAAAAGAAAAAAGGCAAACAUGUACAUAAUAUGUCUGUGUAUCUUGAAAAAAGGCAUUGUGUAAACCAAUAACUACUCACAGUGGACACUUGGGCUCAUCUAAAGGAAUGUUUCCCCACUUUUCCCUCCCUUUUUUCUUACUCUGCAGUCUAAUAUUUCAUAAGAGAACUCUUCUUGUAGAGUUUCCAUCUUGGACUAAAAACACUGAGUUUCUUUCGAGUACAAACAAACAAAAGAGAAAAAAAAAAGAACUAAAAAAAACAAAACAAAAAAACAACUGAACUGAAAGAUUGUGUAGGAGUUUUAAGUAUGUGAAUCAGGAUACAUAGUAGGUUUUGAUGCAUUUGUCUGCUGUAUUUUUGUUUUUAUACACGUAUAUAAAUAAUCUUUUACUGUAAAUGUACAGUUCUCUUUUGUUGUAAACAUCAUUAAACCAUUUUCAAGUGUUUUCACA